CACGCACGGCUGCCGGAUCUAACCUCUGAUACACACACACACACUGCAAGUGGAGGAGCAGCUCCGAACAGCAGCAUGGCUAAGGGGAAGAAGGCGUCGGAGCCUAAAGGUCGUAAGGUCACGCUGAAGAUGGCGAAGGCGGCGCUGCGCCUGACGGUGGACGGUAAGCGGCGGCUGGACCUCAGCAACAUGGCCAUCGCGUCCUUCCCCAAGUGCAUCCUGCAGCUGGGCGACCUGGAGGAGCUGGACCUCAGCCGCAACCUGCUGCGCUCGCUCCCCGACUCCAUCGGCCGCCUCACCAGCCUGCGCGCGCUGGAUCUCCAUAGCAACCGGCUGGAGAGCGUUCCCCGCGCCGUGGGCCGCCUGCGGGCGCUGGUCACCCUGGACCUGAGCAACAACCGGCUGACCUCCGACCCCGCGGCGUUGCCCCCGGAGACGGGCCUGCUGAGCGCGCUGCGCUGCCUCAACCUCGGCCUCAACCGUCUGGACGCCGCGCCGGACUUCCUGCCCGCCCUGCGCGAGCUGCGCGAGCUCGGUCUCUACGGCAACCGGCUGACCUCCGACCCCGCCGCCCAGCUGCUGCGCCGCCUGCCCAAGCUGCAGCGCGUCAACAUGGCCGACAACCCCCUGCCCCCCCCCUCGCCCUCGCCGCCCCCCUCCCCCGACCCCGUCUCCGAGCUCUACCUGGCGCGCCGGGACGACCUGUGCCACGCAUGCCAGCGCAGGUGCCAACGGGAGCGCCAGCGUCUGGAGAGCCGAGCCUGCGGGCAGCACACGCCCACACACCACAAGAGGGCGCUGUUGUUCACCGGACUCAUCACACCCAACUCUGCAGCACAGCAGGAGCAGGAGGGGCUCAUCAGUACACCCUCAUCAGUACACCCUCUCACACCUGGCUGGGACACCUGCCUCUAA